GCAAACGUGCAGAGACUCUUGAGAACUGGAACUGGCAACCCUUGGUCCGCAGGGUGGAGGUUCAGCGGAGACGAAUUUGCAUUACAGGUAACGCAAACUGCAGAAUGGGUGAUGUCACACACGCGCCUGUUCUGGAAACAACUCUCGUUUCGUUAUAAGUAUCGCAUUCUUAUUUCCGUGGAGACAGAAAAAACCAAAAACGAAACACGCCCUGCACGAUGGAGUGUCUGCGAUUUACACUAUAGCCGAUUUCGGUUACAGCACUUGCCAUGGGCGUCGUUACGUUCGAUCACUCAGGGCUAAAACCUCCAGUAUUUUAGCCCCGAUGCCAAUUAUCUUCCUACGAAAAAAAGCCCCAGGUAUCUUUUCAAUAGGCCUAGCUAAAAACUCCCGCUGUUGCAGGCUCCAAUAAGGUUUACAAAUCUACCCUGGCAUUCACUUGAAUUUCAGAAUACCUGCACUUAUGCCUGACAGCCAUAUGUUUGUAGUGUGCUCUUUGCCUGACCUGUACGUCGCUUUGAACAAACGCUAAAUACAGUAAAUGUAAAUAUGCAAGGACACCCGUGAAGGACGUGAAGGCAUUCGGGUUGGACUGGAGGCCAGUGACAGCCGGUGAGUCAUGUUCGAAGCUACGUCUCAUCGGUAAUCUGGUUGGAUUCUCUUAGGCAAUUGAACCGAUUGAUUAAGACCCACCCACGAUCGGGGCAAUGCAAGUUACUCCCCAUAAAAAUUUUUACCUAUGUGCAUUGGCUUGGACGGAUGCCCUGCCCACUUCUUAUAAAAGCUUAUUCCAUGAGAUUGCCAUUCACAAUUUAAGACCCAGUGGUGUGAGGAGUUUGAUUGAUGCACUGAUUGAUGAAAGCCAUUGGAAUGAACCGAACCAACCUCUUAGCUUUACUGUUUUUGCUUUCAAGGUGUAUGUUGGUAUGCGAAGGAGGCGACGGAUGCUGUUCGCAACCCUGCCAGAAUCGCGGCGUGUGCACGUCAAUGGGAGAAGAUAGAUAUGAGUGCGACUGCACGAGGACGGGAUACUACGGCGAGAACUGCACCACCCCGGAGCUUUUCACGUGGAUCAGAACGACCAUUAAACCUACCCCGAACACAGUGCAUUACAUUUUAACACAUUUCAAAGGAUUCUGGAAUAUUCUCAACAACAUCCCAUAUUUACGGGACGCGGUUAUGCGGUAUGUGCUGACAUCCCGGUCGCAUUUUAUCGACAGUCCGCCAACCUUCAACUCCGACUAUGGCUAUAAAAGCUGGGAAGUUUAUUCUAAUCUCUCGUAUUACGCCCGAACUCUUCCUCCGGUACCUCUGGAUUGCCCAACACCAAUGGGAGUUGCAGGAAAGAAAGCUCUGCCUGACGCGAAACUGGUGGUGGAGAAGUUUCUUUUGAGGAAAAAGUUCAUCCCUGACCCUCAGGGCACGAGUCUGAUGUUUGGUUUUUUUGCUCAGCAUUUCACCCAUCAGUUCUUCAAAUCCGACAUGAAGAAUGGACCGGCUUUCACCAAGGCCCUGGGCCAUGGAGUGGAUUUAAAUCACAUUUAUGGAGACACACUGGAAAAGCAGCACAAACUUAGGCUUUUCAAAGAUGGGAAGCUCAAGUAUCAGGUGAUUGAUGGGGAGGUGUAUCCUCCGUUGGUUUCGGAGGUACAGGUCGACAUGCACUACCCUCCCCAUGUCCCGAAGGAGCACCAGUUUGCCGUGGGACAUGAAGCUUUUGGGCUGGUUCCUGGGCUAAUGAUGUACGCCACCAUCUGGCUCAGGGAGCAUAAUCGGGUUUGCGAUUUGUUGAAGCACGAGCAUCCCGACUGGGACGAUGAGCGCAUCUUCCAGACCGCCCGACUUAUUCUGAUUGGUGAGACCAUCAAGAUUGUGAUUGAGGAUUACGUGCAGCACCUGAGUAGCUACCACUUCAAACUGAAAUUUGACCCUGAGCUGCUGUUCAAUCAGCGCUUCCAGUACCAGAAUCGCAUCUCUGCUGAGUUCAACAUGCUCUACCAUUGGCAUCCUCUCAUGCCCGAUGCGUUCAACAUUCACGGCCAGGUCUACAGCUACCAGCAGUUCCUCUUCAACAACUCCAUUGUCUUAAAGCAUGGCAUCAAUAACCUCGUGGAAUCCUUUACCAAGCAAAUUGCAGGCAGGGUGAGUGCCUGUAAGAAAUGCAGAGUUCAUUGCACUGCGGUUCUCUGCGAUGAAAUCCUCAUCUGUAUCACUUUGCUCUGUCGACAGGUUGCUGGCGGCCAGAACGUGCCUCCAGCUGUGGCGAUGGUUGCCACGAAGUCAAUCGAACACAGCCGAGCGUUGCGUUACCAGUCUCUGAAUGCCUACAGGAAACGCUUCUCUAUGACUCCCUACACUUCUUUUGAAGAACUGACUGGAGAUAAAAAAAUUGCAUCUGAGUUGGAAGAACUGUACGGUCAUAUUGACGCCAUGGAGCUGUAUCCUGGUCUGCUGGUGGAGAAACCAAGGCCCAACGCCAUCUUUGGGGAGACCAUGGUAGAAAUGGGGGCACCGUAUUCGUUAAAAGGCCUCUUGGGAAAUGCCAUAUGCUCCCCAGAGUACUGGAAGCCAAGCACCUUCGGGGGGAAAGUCGGGUUCGAAAUCAUCAACACGGCUUCUCUGCAGAAGCUUGUUUGCCGCAACGUCAAGGCACCGUGUCCUGUGGUGUCCUUUCAUGUUCCAGAUUUGAGUAACGGCCGACUAAACACAAUCAACUCCAGUACGGCACAUUCGGGACAAAGAGACUUAAAACAGACCGUGAUACUGGAAGAACGAGCUUCUGAGCUUUAGCAGCCAAACAAAUUGAACAAUCGUUUGGAAACAAAAAAAUACAAUUAACUUAUUUAUUUAUUUGUUUAAUAUUUAUUUGAGUCCAGUAAUUAUAAAGAACCCCGCGACCCAGUAGGAUAAGCGGUUUGGCAAAUGGAUGGAUGGAAUUCUAAAGAACAUAGUAAUAUUUUUAUACAAUUUUUUUCUGGGUAUGAAUGUUUAUAAAGUUAAAGUUAUUUCUGAAUGUCUAUUUUAUUUAUGUUGUAUCUAUUUAUUUAAACUAUUUAUUUUUCAGCAGAGAUCAAUCACAAUAUUCCUUGCCAACUGCGUUGUAGUAGAAAGGGCAUGUGACCUGUUUCCAUACUUGAAUUUAACAUAGUUUACAUUAAUUUGCGAACUUUUGUUGUUUGCGCAAGUAUUGGUUAAAAUUAGAAAGUAUUGUGAUAGUCGAAUGUGUUAAAGAUGUUUGAAUAAUGAAUUUGAAAAAAAUGGUCUUUUUGAAAUAUAUAUUCUCUAGGAGGGGGGAGUAUUACUCAGUAUUACUGAGUGUGCUGGCCAGGCUUUGGUAGUAUUACUGUAGUACCACGGUAUUUUCAUUAUCAGGAAGUUCCACAAUACCGUUAUUUUUUUUAAAUGCCAUCAAAAUACUGUGGUAUAUAAUGUCUGACUGGUGUGACAGUAUUAAGAAUUACAUACUUCCCGAGCCUAGUGUUUGCUGGGCUUGCGGCAGUAAAAAUUUUUGCCGGAUAAUUGUGUUUCCGCCGAAUAGCAGAACGACAGAUUUCCAAGACGUUGCGCAUCAUUUGUGGGUGUCGGGGAGAUAUCAAUUUGCAGGAGAGUUCCGGAAGAGGCAGGAUGUCAGUGUACACCUCCCAGGCAAAACACAGGUGCGCCUGAAAUCACAUACUUACAUAACAGGUACAGAAUCUCUUCAGAAGCCAGAUGCUUGACGAUUAAUUCAGUAUGUACUAUAUAUAUGCAGAAAAACAGUGUGGAUACAUUUCGAUAAUCUGUGGUCACCUGGAUGUUUACCAAUGAUGUCACUCGACCACCCAGAAAAGUUAAAAACUGUUAAAACUAUGAACAGAAAGUAUACAUAUUUGAGUCGACUUCCCGACUGCCACCUUAACAAACACGUUUCUGGGCAUCAUUCUGUACUGCAGCUCCUGUACCUGUGUGAUAGCGUAGCAUCCUGCUGAGGCAGUGCCGGGCAUAACUGAACACUUUUUGGUUUUGGCUUAAUGACUUAGAAAAUAUUUGAGCCAGAUUAAUCACAUUGUAUAAAAGCAACGUACAUGUCUCUGCUGCAAGGAACAUUUUAAGUGUCUUUCCAGGACAUACCAUUCUUGUAUAAUUGUAUGGAAAGUGACAGGAGUGAAGGGUUACAACUUCCCCCAUGGAUGGAAAGUUCUAAAAACGUCUGCUUGAAUGCAGUUAUUUAAAACAGGGGAUGCUGUCUGUGGAUCUGUCUAUCUAAACACAUUCACGAGCCACACAACAUUGUUUGGGAAUCAAAAGUCUGACAAAGCACCUGAAGGGGAGAAAAACACAGACCUGAAAAACUGUAUUUUGACAUCUUGGCAAUAUUGUUCUUGAAACUUUUAUGCCAAUAAAGCCCUUUGAAUUGAACUGAAAA